CUCAUUGGCUCUGACAGCAGGACAGGGUGUGACAGCAGAAGCACAUCCACACUCAUUCACACGCUUUCACACACAGCGCAUCGACACACACUCGCGCACACACACAGUGACUCUAACAGGAGGACAGCUGUGAGGAACCAUGAACACACAGACCAGCAGAACCAGUGCAGAAAACAAGAGGAGAACCGUCCUGAAAGACAACAGCUGGAUCAGAAGAAACACAGAGCAGGAGGAGGCUGUAGAUGAUGACCCAAACUUUGGUCGAGUGGUCCUGGGUCAGGUGAAGCCAGCAGAAGUGGACAGCCAAUCAGUGGAGCCAGAUCAGACCGCAAGGAAUUCUGGGACAUCCGUCAGCUCUUUGAACAAGAGGUUCAGUGGCAGUCAGGAGCUGCUCAGUAAAAGCGGCACUAACACAUCCAGCACAGUGAGUGUUAAGAGCGCCGUGACCGUUCCACCAUCGCCCACCAAACCACCCGUCCCUGCUAAGAAACCAGCACUCAACAUUUCACCAAACGCUCAGUCCAGCUUCACCGCCAAAGUCUUCUCAGCAAACUCCAGCAGCAAAACAUUAAGUCCUGUUAAACCGUCAUUUGGUGAGAAGUUUCCUGAUGUCACUGCAGCAUCUCAAACUACCAAUGGCAUCUCAUCUUCAUCAUCAUCAUCCUCAGCUUCAUCAGCCACUUCAACCAGUGUGAAGAGUUCUGCUGUCACAACCCCUGUGAAUCAGACCGUGAACAGCCAGAGCAGGACGAGUGCCACAAACACUAAAACAUCAGUUCUGGAGGACUGGACACCUGCCAAACCUGCAGACAAGCCUACAGUGACCCUGAAGACCAGUGAUGUGAGUUAUUCUCCCACACGCUCGUCUCCAUCAGCCGUGACUGUGAACACACGCUACAGCUACCGGAGCGACAGUGCUCCGCUGGAUGAGCUCUCUGAUUCUCUGCUGUCUGGAAGUUUGUACUCCCAACCUGUCCGAUCACAGAGUGAAAGUUUCUCUCCGCGUGUGUCCACGUCCUCAUCAUCUUCUGUCCAGACGAGCGUCACAAACACUAAAACAUCAGUUCUGGAGGACUGGACUCCUGCCAAACCUGCAGACAAGCCUACAGUGACCCUGAAGACCAGUGAUGUGAGUUAUUCUCCCACACGCUCGUCUCCAUCAGCCGUGACUGUGAACACACGCUACAGCUACCGGAGCGACAGUGCUCCGCUGGAUGAGCUCUCUGAUUCUCUGCUGUCUGGAAGUUUGUACUCACAACCUGUCCGAUCACAAACUCAAACCAGGAGUGUUUAUUCAGAGUUUCCAGCUGAUUCUGCCUCUCUCCACUCUCUGGAGUCCAGCAGGCCGAUGAGCAGCCGGGACCUGUGUUCUGUGUGUGGGAAAGCCAUGGCUGGAGGAGAGCGCAUGAUCCUGGAGGAGCUGAAGAUCAACAGCCACACGUCCUGCUUCAGGUGUGCCGUGUGUCGUUGUGAUCUGGGCAGUCUGGAAGCAGGAAAGUCUCUGUGGGUGUACCGUGAGCGAGUGAACUGCUCAAGCUGCUACAGUAAAGUCAGAGGUCAGUGGUACAUCUGAGACGGACGAUGAGCAUCUGCAGUACACACACACACACACACACACGUGCAGAGGACAGUUCAACAGCAGAUGUUAUAUUGACCGCUGAUCAGAUGUUUAUAAAUGGAUAUAUACGUUAUGAAAGUGUAUUCUGAAAGGGUUUAUUAAUAUGCUCAUGAUUAUAUCUCUUCAUUAAUCUGUAAUGCAGAACGCUUUGAUCAAUCGUGAUGUUUGAACAAUGAUUACACAGUUCAUCUCAGAGUAUUGACGAGUGUAACGUCUGAUAAUAAACUAUAUUCUGCUCAUGA